AUGACUCGAUUGUUGUUGCUCGUCCCAGUGAUGGUUGCCGUGUCAGAGGCUUUCCUCUUUGGCGCUCUUGGAGGUGGUGGAGGUGGCGGUUGUGGAUGUCAAUCAGCUGCCCCAGCUUGCCCACCUCCUUGCCCUCCACCCUGCCCACCUCCAUGCCCACCCCCAGCUCCAGCUUGUGGUGCUCCAGUCUCUAGCUGCGGCGGAGGAGGCGGAGGAUACGCUGCUCCACCACCCCCACCACCAUCAUACGGACCCCCACCACAACAAUCGUACGGACCCCCACCACAACAAUCAUACGGACCCCCACCAAGCGCCGGAGGAUACGCUGGAGGUCCAUCCGGAGGUGGCGCUUAUGCCGGAAAA